GAUCCUUCAAACCCUCUCGAGUCUCGUCUACCACAGGCGGCCGACGCCAGUAAUCUCUCUUUCUUCAUCCCCCAGAAAAAUGUCGUCUAUCUUCCGAGUUCUCCGCAGCAACUUCUCCCCAACAUCAGGACCUAGCAUCCGAUUCUCUGCGAAAGACAUCUUUAGGGAACGCAAUAUCAGGAGCCUCGUCGAAAAAUUCAAGAUACUAAGUGAAAGCAAAACCUUCCGCCAUAACACCCACGCGUAUGAUUACACGUUCCGCCGCCUGGCAGCUGCAGGACACUUGAAUUGGAUAGAAGAAAUCCUCGAAGACCAAAAGAAGUACAUACCCAUCUCCAAAGAAGGGUUUGCAGGGAGGCUGAUCACUUUAUAUGGGAAAUCGGGCAUGUUCGAUCAUGCCCAGAAGUUGUUUGAUGAAAUACCGGAGAGGGGUUUGGUGUCGUUCAAUGCCCUUCUGGGAGCCUACGUAAAUUCCAAGAAGUUUUGUGAAGUUAAUAGGCUUUUCAAGAAGUUACCGGAAAAGUUAUCUAUUAAGCCAGAUGUAAGCUCGUACAAUGCUGUUAUCAGGGCAUUUUGUGAGAUGGGUUCUUUAGAUUUAGCCUGUUUGAUGCUUGAUGAGAUGGAAAAUGAGGGUGUGGAGCCAAACGAAAUUACGUUUAACACGCUUCUUUUUGCGUUUUAUAAGAAUGGGAGGUUUUUUGAUGGGGAAAAGAUAUGGCAUAGAAUGGUGGAGAAUAGGAAUGUGGUUCCAAAUAUUAGCAGUUACAAUUCCAAGUUGCUUGGAUUGGUCGCAGAGAAGAGAACAAAGGAGGCGGUUGAGCUGGUUCAAAAUAUGGGGAAAUUUGAAGGACUUAAACCUGAUUUGGUUAGUUUCAAUUCUUUGAUUGGAUGUUUUGUCAAUGAGGGGAACCUAAAGGCAGCUAAACAAUUGUAUAUUCAAAUGUUGAUAAGUGGUUGCUUGCCAGAUAAAGUGACUUUUGAACUGCUAGUUCCAUUGGUUUGUAGGAAGGGUGAUGUGGAUUUUGCCUUUCAGCUCUGUCGAAAAAUUUUUGGUAGAAGUUUCAGUCGAAGAUUCGUUUUCGAUGAGUCGUUGUUGCAACAAGUGGUGGAUGAACUGGUUAAGAGCUCCAAGAUUGAAGAGGCAAGAAAGCUUGUGCAGCUCGGAGAGACAAAUAAAUACCAUCAGUAUAUGCUGAAAUUGCCUGCAGUGUAGCUUUCUAAUUCAAAUCUUGGUGGCUCCAUAAUCUUGGCAGGCUGAAACUGCCACGCAUCCUUACUGAAAUUUUUUUUUAUUGACAAAUUUGUAUGCUUAAGUUUGAUAUCCUAUCCUUAUUUUCAGAAGGGCCUUUGAUUAUGGAAGCAAAAGCUAAGUUCCAAUCAAUUAAUUUAUUUUCU